UUUGCUAAGGAGUACUGGUAGAGAUUAGGGCUUGAGCAUUUUCUAAUGGAACGAUGUGUGAUUCAGCAACGAAUGCGUACGAAUAUCAUGGACUUAACGUGGCACCGGUGGCCAAGGCUCGGUCCUUACAAGCAAAGCAAGCCUUGACAGACAUCCGGGUAUACCAUGGUCACCCACGGCAACUCGCGCGGACUGACCCAAUUACGAUUUUGACGUCAUGCGCUGAACCCUGCUUCUCGAGACAAACCUCUCCGCCAAAACCAACAUCAACACCACCACUCGUUCCGAUCAAUCAAUUGCGACCAUGUCGAACGCCGAACACGCAAUCAAAAAGGCUGUCAAUGUCGUGAAGACGGACUACGACAAGACCUAUGGCUACCUCCAAUCACAGACUGCUGCUGCCGCAAAUGGUGUCGCGUCUAGUCGUCAAAGGUUGAUGAACACGGCUAAGGCUUACGCGUCCACAUUCUGGGCUUAUUACUUGCAGUUGUGGGAGAAGCAUCCUUUUGUGACGGCGUUUCUUACGGUUGAGGCCAGUCUUGCCGCUAUUCCCCUUGCCAUCUUCGUCGGCUUCGUCCUUGCGCUCACCAUCGGCGCAACCGCUACCGCCGCUGCAUUUGUCGGGUUCUGGUCCGUCGUCGCUGGCGCUAUCUUGUUGGGCACCCUCGCUGCAACCUCCUUCGUCGGCCUCUUCAUCUACGCCUCACUCCUCUCCUCCUUCAUCUUCAUCUCCUGGGCCCGCUGCGUCUACCUCGAAAUGGGACCUAUCGCCGGAACUAUGCGCUUCCUCGGAUACUCCCAGACUGACCGCACUCGUGUCCAGCACUACCAGCAGAGAGCUUAUCAGACGGUUAAGGAGGCGCCGGGGGUCGCGGCGGGAAAGGCGAAGGAGACGGUGGGGGAGGCGAGGGAGAAUGUUAAGGAUACGGUUGAAAGGACCGCGGAAGGGGCGAAGAAUAAGGUUUAUGGAGCUGGGAAUGCUGCUGCCUCGGCUACUGAGCAUGUCAAGCAUACGGGGUCGAUGUUGAUGCAAGACAUGGUUCCGGAGCAUGCGGGCGGUGCCAACACGUCCGCUCCUACACUUCCUGCUUACAGUAUUGCUGCCAAUGGAUCUCAGCAAAAGGGACACGGUAAUGGGAUGGGCUUGAUUAUUGAGAUGGUUGGGCCAGAGGUUGGGGCCGCUGGGAAGCCAAGUGCGGUGUUGCCGGGGUUCAUGCCUGGAGUGGAUGGGUUGCACGGAGUGGAGCAGAAGCCUAUGGCUGCUUGA